AUGGACACGAAAGACAGCAAUUCCUCGCAAGCCUUGGCUAUUGAUGGGGGCGCGCAGACCCGACCAACUGAUGAUCAUGCCUCCUUGACAAAGCGACUCACUCAACCUCGAUCUGAUCGCAGCCAGAGCCCCGAAGGCCGUCCACCGCCGUUACCCCCGCGUCCGGAGACACUGAUCCUGUUAGAAGAUGGAGGGGCAGCUCCUGGGACACCAAGACCGAACGUUUCAGCAGUGCAUCCAGGCCUGCAAUCAAGGGCUACUACGGCCGUAUCACUGGCUGAGAUAUCCCAAAAUGAUCGAGGAAAGGAUGCUUUGGCUGUUCGCUCUUUUCCCGGUACUGUUCGUGCGAAAGCCAGUCUCAGCCAUCUAGCAACGCCGAAGGACGGAAGCGAUGCUGGCGACAGCGCAAGCGUUACAAGUUAUGUCCCUUAUUCCGAGUCGGGAGAUGUGGAAAAUAUCUUUGGCUCUCUCGCGUCCUCCGAAGUGGGAAUAGCUCAAGAGGAAAGUACCGGCUUGAUGCAAUUUCCCGAGUUCCAAGCCGACGAUGUGGAGGACGACUUCGCGAGUGAACUCGAGCCGGUCGGCGAGAUCGGCGAGGGAGGGGAGAACGAAGGUACUGUACUUGCUUACGGUUCUACCACCGCUGAGACUGACCAAUUGAUAGAUCUAGUACUUGAGAAAUGGAAGGCGAAGCGGAAGCACUACAUAAUACUUUCCGCUGCUGGAAAGCCGAUCUGGACAAGGCAUGGCGACGGCGGUCUCAUCUCCACAUAUGUCGGCAUUAUCCAAACAAUCAUUUCAUCCUACGAAGACUCCAAUGACCGGUUGAACGGCUUCACAGCUGGCGACACCAAGUUUACAGUCGUUGCGAAAGGCCCUUUAUACUUGGUUGCCAUUAGUCGAAUUCUUGAAAGUGAUACCCAGCUCAAGCUUCAGCUCGAGGCGUUGUAUAUGCAAAUCCUAUCCACCUUGACGCUUCCAGCGUUGACCCAUCUAUUCUCCGUGCGGCCAUCGACCGAUCUGAAGCGUCCCCUACAAGGGUCCGAGACCCUACUUUCAACAUUAGCAGACAGCUUCACUAAGGGCUCGCCAUCUACAUUGCUUUCUGCCCUGGAGUGCCUGAAAAUCCGCAAAUCGCACCGUCAAACCAUCAACAACACUCUCUUAAAAACGAAGGUCAGCAAACUGCUAUACGGUCUCGUUGUCGCAGGCGGUCGUCUCGUCAGCGUCGUCAGGCCAAAGAAGCACUCGCUGCACCCCGGCGAUCUCCAGCUUUUAUUCAAUAUGAUAUUCGAGGCGGAAGCCGUCAAAGCUGGCGGCGGCGAAAGCUGGAUCCCUGUAUGCCUUCCCGGGUUCAACAGCAGUGGGUAUCUAUAUAUCUUCUUCGAGUUGCAGGCCAUGAAGAAUGCACUUGUAGAGAAACUGGAAGAGAAUGGCAGCAUUAAUAACAUUAAAGAAGCCAUUGACAAGGGCCGACCAAGUACAACGGACAUAGUCCCAGGGUCAGUCCUGCAUCACUUUGUAUAUAAAUCCCGCGUCAAUGUCCAAUUCAUCAUGUCCGCGUAUGACCCGGAGUUCUCAACCAUCACCCGACGCCGAAGACUGAUAUCAACAUAUAAUAAUCUCCACGCAAGCGUCCACGCCAAACACACCCAUGUCAAAGUCCACCACUGCGUCACUCAGUCCUCAAGCUCCUUUGCAUGGAUAACGCCAGUUUUCGAACUCUACUGUGUAGCUGGGCCGCAUGCGAACCGGAAUGCGCUGGCGCAAAGCGCCAGCAAGGUUGUGCAAUGGGUGCAGAAGGAAGAAGAGCGGCUGUUUAUAAUUAGUGGAGCGGUGAGUCAUGCUUUAUUUGUGAUCGUAUAUGCACCGACUGAUUUGUUACAGGUCUUUUGAGCUUGUUUAGCCCUUUCUAGAUUGUAUGUACAUCAACCCAUACUGCCCGAUAGAGUAGAUAACUAGGUAUGAACGUGUACUAAGAAUGAUCUAACGUUAUUCUUGUCUUUAUCUCCGAGCGAAGUAAACAGAACGUUUA